CCUGCCCCCCCGCUCCCGAUAGGGGCUCCGUUUCCCCCCGGAGGGCCCCGUCCCGUUCUGCACACUCAGCACGUCCCCAGCCGUGGUUAUUUAAGGCCGUCCGGGAGCCAGGGCCCCUCUCCCUCCCCCUGCACCGCUGCCGUCCAGCGAGCGGACUUCGGUCCCCGCAGCGGUAACGGAGCGGCCAUGAGCGCCCCGGCACCGAUCUUCACGGAGGGCGAGGACUGCCGGGCAGCCUGGAGGGACGCGGCCGCCGGCUACGAUGCGCCCGGGGCUCACCUGGAGAUCCUGGGGAAGCCGGUGAUGGAGCGCUGGGAGACCCCGUACAUGCACUCGCUGGCGGCCGUGGCUGCGUCAAGGGGCGGCCGCGUGCUGGAAGUGGGCUUCGGCAUGGCCAUCGCUGCCACCAAGGUGCAGGAGUUCAACAUCCAGGAGCACUGGAUCAUCGAGUGCAACGAGGGGGUUUUCCGGAGGCUGGAGGAAUGGGCCCGGAUGCAGCCCCACAAGGUUGUACCCAUGAAGGGGCUGUGGGAGGAUGUGGCACCGACGCUGCCGGAUGGGCACUUCAAUGGGAUCCUGUAUGACACCUACCCACUGUCGGAGGAGACCUGGCACACGCAUCAGUUCCCCUUCAUCAAGGACCAUGCCUUCCGCUUGCUGCAGCCCGGAGGGGUCCUCACCUACUGCAACCUGACCUCCUGGGGGGAGCUGCUGAAGACCAAGUACACUGACAUCAAGAAGAUGUUUGAGGAGACCCAGGUAGGGCACCUGUUGGAGGCCGGGUUCAAGAAGGAGAACAUCAGCACAACGGUGAUGGACCUGGUUGCCCCCAAGGACUGCAGGUACUACUCCUUCCACAAGAUGAUCACCCCCACCAUUGUUAAGCACUGAGGGUGCUGCCAGCCUGGCACCAUGCCUUGGGGCUGCCCUGAAGCCACAGGAAGCAAACACUAAGGAAAGGAGACUGAUGAUGCACACUUCAAGGAGGAAAAACGCUCUUACCUCCUCUGGUGCUGAGAAGAUUGAAGCCGAUUCUAUGAUUCUAUGAUUUAUCUGGAGGCUUAGGAUGGAAGUCCUGGGUCUCUAGGGAACCUUCUGGAAAAAGGACUCCCUGCCCCACCACGGAUGUCACCCAGAGGAUGUCACCCAGUGUGAAACCCUUGCCCUGGAGGGGCCUCUGGGCUCUGCAGUGCAAAAUCCCACCCAAGGACUGGUAUUUUCCACUCAAGACUCAGACCUUGAUGAAUACCUCAGUGAAGCUGUAAUCCCAGAGGUGGUGCAGAGCCUUUGGCCAAAGGGCUUCAAGGAUGAGAUGUUUAUCCUCUAAAACCUGGCUCCUUUUUAGAAAGCCCUGGUGGCCAAAUGACCUGAACCAGGCAGGAGCAGGAGCCUGGGGUGGCUGGAGGCACUUGGGCUGCUCCUGCAGCACCUCCCUGCUGCUUAUCCCAGUAUUCCUGGCUCAAGCCCACUGCAGCGAGUUCCAAUCCUCACAACCUCCUUGCAGUUCAACAGUGCAUGAAUGAUGUUUCCUCUCUCUACCUGGAAGGGAUAAAAUCCAUUAAAGAAC